AUGGUCACAGUGGUGGCACUGUCUGGAGAAGAUGCACCAGACUCUGUAGUCACGGUCACAGUGGUGGCACUGUCUGGAGAAGGUGUUGAAGAUGCACCAGGCUCUGUAGACACGGUCACAGUGGUGGCACUGUCUGGAGAAGGUGUUGAAGAUGCACCAGGCUCUGUAGACACGGUCACAGUGGUGGCACUGUCUGGAGAAGGUGUUGAAGAUGCACCAGGCUCUGUAGACACGGCCACAGUGGUGGCACUGUCUGGAGAAGGUGUUGAAGAUACACUGGCCUCUGUAGACACGGUCACAGUGGUGGCACUGUCUGGAGAAGGUGUAGAAGAUGCACUAGACUCUGUAGACACGGUCACAGCGGUGGCACUGUCUGGAGAAGGUGUUGAAGAUACACCAGACUCUGUAGACACGGUCACAGUGGUGGCACUGUCUGGAUUUGGUGUUGAAGAUGCACCAGACUCUGUAGUCACGGUCACAGUGGUGGCACUGUCUGGAGAAGGUGUGGAAGAUGCACCAGGCUCUGUAGACACGGUCACAGUGGUGGCACUGUCUGGAGGUGUUGAAGAUGCACCAGGCUCUGUAGACACGGUCACAGUGGUGGCACUGUCUGGAGAAGGUGUUGAAGAUGCACCAGGCUCUGUAGACACGGCCACAGUGGUGGCACUGUCUGGAGAAGGUGUUGAAGAUGCACCAGACUCUGUAGUCACGGUCACAGUGGUGGCACUGUCCGGAGAAGGUGUUGAAGAUGCACCAGGCUCUGUAGACAUGGUCACAGUGGUGGCAGUCUCUGGAGAAGGUGUUGAAGAUGCACCAGGCUCUGUAGACACGGUCACAGUGGUGGCACUGUCUGGAGAAGGUGUUGAAGAUGCACCAGGCUCUGUAGACACGGUCACAGUGGUGGCACUGUCUGGAGAAGGUGUUGAAGAUGCACCAGAUUCUGUAGACACGGUCACAGUGGUGGCACUGUCUGGAUUUGGUGUUGAAGAUGCACCAGACUCUGUAGACACGGUCACAGUGGUGGCACUGUCUGGAGAAGGUGUUGAAGAUGCACCAGACUCUGUAGACACGGUCACAGUGGUGGCACUGUCUGGAGAAGUUGUUGAAGAUACACCGGCCUCUGUAGACACGGUCACAGUGGUGGCACUGUCUGGAGAAGGUGUUGAAGAUGCACCAGGCUCUGUAGACACGGUCACAGUGGUGGCACUGUCUGUAGAAGGUGUUGAAGAUGCACCAGGCUCUGUAGACACGGUCACAGUGGUGGCACUUUCUGUAGAAGGUGUUGAAGAUGCACCAGGCUCUGCAGACACGGUCACAGUGGUGGCACUGUCUGGAGAAGGUGUUGAAGAUGCACCAGACUCUGUAGACACGGUCACAGUGGUGGCACUGUCUGUAGAAGGUGUUGAAGAUGCACCAGGCUCUGUAGAUAUGGUCACAGUGGUGGCACUGUCUGUAGAAGGUGUUGAAGAUGCACCAGGCUCUGUAGACACGGUCACAGUGGUGGCACUGUCUGGAGAAGGUGUUGAAGAUGCACUAGGCUCUGUAGACACAGUCACAGUGGUGGCACUGUCUGUAGAAGGUGUUGAAGAUGCACCAGGCUCUGUAGACACGGUCACAGUGGUGGCACUGUCUGGAUUUGGUGUUGAAGAUGCACCAGACUCUGUAGACACGGUCACAGUGGUGGCACUGUCUGGAGAAGGUGUUGAAGAUGCACCAGACUCUGUAGACACGGUCACAGUGGUGGCACUGUCUGGAGAAGGUGUUGAAGAUGCACCAGGCUCUGUAGACACGGUCACAGUGGUGGCACUGUCUGUAGAAGGUGUUGAAGAUGCACCAGGCUCUGUAGACACGGUCACAGUGGUGGCACUGUCUGGAGAAGGUGUUGAAGAUACAGUGGCCUCUGUAGACACGGUCACAGUGGUGGCACUGCCUGUAGAAGGUGUUGAAGAUACACUGGCCUCUGUAGACACGGUCACAGUGGUGGCACUGUCUGGAGAAGGUGUUGAAGAUGCACCAGGCUCUGUAGACACGGUCACAGUGGUAGCACUGUCUGGAUUUGCUGUUGAAGAUGCACCAGACUCUGUAGUCAUGGCCACAGUGGUGGCACUGUCUGAAGAAGGUGUUGAAGAUGCACCAGGCUCUGUAGACACGGUCACAGUGGUGGCACUGUCUGGAGAAGGUGUUGAAGAUGCACCGGGCUCUGUAGACACAGUCACAGUGGUGGCACUGUCUGGAGAAUGUGUAGAAGAUGCACUAGGCUCUGUAGACACGGUCACAGUGGUGGCACUGUCUGUUGAAGGUGUUGAAGAUGCACCAGACUCUGUAGACACGGCCACAGUGGUGGCACUGUCUGGAGAAGGUGUUGAAGAUGCACCAGGCUCUGUAGACACGGUCACAGUGGUGGCACUGUCUGUAGAAGGUGUUGAAGAUGCACCAGGCUCUGUAGACACGGUCACAGUGGUGGCACUGUCUGGAGAAGGUGUUGAAGAUGCACCAGACUCUGUAGACACGGUCACAGUGGUGGCACUGUCUGGAGAAGGUGUUGAAGAUGCACCAGGCUCUGUAGACACGGUCACAGUGGUGGCACUGUCUGGAGAAGGUGUUGAAGAUGCACCAGGCUCUGUAGACACGGUCACAGUGGUGGCACUGUCUGUAGAAGGUGUUGAAGAUGCACCAGGCUCUGUAGACACAGUCACAGUGGUGGCACUGUCUGUAGAAGGUGUUGAAGAUGCACCAGGCUCUGUAGACACAGUCACAGUGGUGGCACUGUCUGUAGAAGGUGUUGAAGAUGCACCAGGCUCUGUAGACAGGGUCACAGUGUUGAAGAUGCACUAG